AACUUUUGUACCGAGUUUAUGAGAGGUUGCCCUUGAAAGACUUUUCCCAAGAGAUCCGUGCACACCGUGAUGUGGAUAACUAUUUAUGUAACACGUUGCUGUUGUUAGAUAUUGAGGAGAGCAAUAUGGAAGAUAUUGUUCAAUUGAUGAUUGAUAAAGUUUUGGAAACACAAACGAAGCAAAAUCUCAAUAUGGCUGACCUCAUGAAAACCAUAUUUGCAAUGCACAGAGUGGACCUCCUCAGUAGAACCAUUCAAGGAGUGAAGUUUUCUCAGCUGAACACACUUCAAUAUGACCAUACUUGGCUCUGUAUGUUAUGUGAGUGGCCGACGGUGAUAAAAAGACAUACAGUGAUAGUCAGACUUCUUCAUCCAGUCAAUAUGGGCUGCACCAGUCAAGAAGUUGUCUUUGUGAUUUUGGUUGUGGCUUCCAACAGAGAGAAAAGUACGAAAUCUGUAGUGGAAACUGCACGUACAUUUUGUACCUUGUUUGCUGAUAUGGACUGCCGAUGUCGCCUGCUUGAAGCUAAGAAUGAUGAAGAUUUCCGGAAUAUCUUGAAAGAAGAAACACGUAUGCUGUUUAGUAAGUUCAUCAGAAACUCAAAAAUGACCCUGAAAACUUGCUUAACAAAAACUGAACCAGAAAAGGAUGAGAAGAAAUAUGCAAUUUGUCAAGGAAUUAAAGAGGAUUUGAAGCGCCGGCUCAAACAUUAUAUGUCUGAUUACAAGGAUGGUUUAAAUGGAAAAAAGGCCCUUCGGAAAGUCGUUCCAGCUUCCCUCUUCCUGUAUUUUGCUUGUAUUCUUCCAAAUGUUGCAUAUGGAAUGAUAAUCAGCAAUGAUACGCAUGGAGCAAUUGAUAUACAACAUGUAUUAUUGGGUCAGUUUUUGGCUGGUAUUCUCUUUAGUUUGAUAGGAGGUCAAACCAUGAACAUAUUGUUAACUACAGCACCACUGACAUUAUUCACCAGAGUUGUAGCCAACAUCUGUGAUGACUUCGGCAUUGAUUUCCUUGGAAUGUUUGCUUGCGUUGGUAUUUGGAGUUCAAUCUUCCUCAUUUCAUAUUCCAUUUUUGGUUUCUGCAACCUCUUGAAAUGGUCAACCAGAUCCACAGAAGACAUUUUCUACACAUUUGUUUCAUUAAUAUUUUUUACAGAGGCUAUGAGAGAGAUGUAUAAAAAUUUCCAACAACAUUACUUUCCUUGUCAAGCUGAUAUACACUCGGCAAGCUACUGGAAUACAACCUUGCAUUCCAACACUAAUGGUCACCCUCACUUCAGUGCCAUUCCUCGAAAUAAGCAGCCACACUCGGGUAUCAUGAAGGUGGAUCAACUAUGUCAGCAGGAGACAAGUAUUUUGUUCCUGUUUCUAAUGACUGCAACACUAUGGCUGGCAACAACACUUUCCAACUUCACGAAAACACCUUAUUUAAGUGCACAAAAAAGACAGCUGCUGGCUGAUUAUGCAAUCCCACUGACAAUUUUGAUUAUGACAAUAGUGUCAACAAUAUUCUCAAGCAUCUACAUGGAACCAUUAUUACUACCAUCAAAUGUUACACUUGGUCCGGCACCUUUAUACAAACUUUCAGCUGGAGCAGUUGUUACCUCUUUCUUCCUUGGUUUCAGUCUCUCAUUACUGUUUUUCAUCAAUCAUAACAUCUCAAGUGCUCAAAUUAACAUGGCAACAUACAAACUUAAGAAAGGAUCAGCCUAUCACUGGGAUUUACUUGUUAUAGCUAUCAUAAACAUUAUGUUAUCAAUCAUUGGAUGUCCAUGGAUGCAUGUAGCCCUCCCAGUGUCUUCACAACAUGUCAAGAGUAUGGCUCAGAUGGAAGAACGAGUUGAGCAAGGAAGUAUACAUCAAAUCAUUGUACAGGUCAGAGAAACCCGUGUAACCAGCCUUCUCUGCUACAUGAUGCUUGGCCUGUCCCUUUUGCUGCUGCCUCAUCCACUCGCAGAUAUCCCAAGACCAGUGUUGUGUGGAUUUCUACUCUACAUGGCAAUCAUAUUUCUUUCAGACAGACAACUUAUCGACAGAUUUCUACUCCUAAUAACCGAACAGUCAUCCUAUCCACCAAGUCAUUACAUCAGACGAGUGCCACAGAGAGAUAUCCACAAAUAUACAUUUUCCCAGAUGGCUCAACUUCUUUUUUUAUGUAUUUUCGGUCUUGUUCCAGUUCCUUACAUACAAAUGUUCUUCCCAAUGGUAGUGAUCUCUCUUGCUUUUAUCAGACACUUGUUAGUCCCCAAGGUUGUGGAGAAGAAACAUCUCGCUGUACUUGACUAAUACCUGCUGGGCAUCAAAUGAAAAUUACUGAAAAUAAAAAUUAAAAAAAGAAAAAACAUCU